GGGCGGGGCCGGGCGGGGCGAGCGCCGCAGCGGGACCAGUCGGCAGCUCCUGCAUCCCGGCCGCGAGAGCAUCCUCCGCACCGGGCCCCGCACCCCGCGGCCCCGGCCUCGGCGGGGCCAUGGCCGAGAUCACCAGUGUCCACCCCGGCUUCGAUGUGUCUCCCGUGGUGGCAGGACUCAUUGGAGCCACCGUGCUGGUGGUUUCUGUCUCAGUCACAGUCUUUGUGUGGACAUGCUGUCACCAGCAAGCAGAAAAGAAGCACAAAACCCCCCCGUACAAAUUCAUUCACAUGCUGAAAGGCAUCAGCAUCUACCCGGAGACCUUGAGCAACAAGAAGAAAAUCAACCGGAUCCGGAGAGACAAGAACGGCACGGCCAGGGAGGGGGGCAGGGGGAACCUCCUGCUGGAUGCAGCUGAGUCUGGGCUGGUGGGCCCUGACAAGGCUCAGGAUGGACCCCCCCACGUCGACCAGCUCCCCAUCAAAGCAGAUUAUGGAGAUGAACUCAGCCCAGAUCAAAGCCUCACUCCAGGAGGGAGUAAAACCUCCUCUCCCUCUUCCCCGGGUGAUGAUGUCAUGCUGGGAGACCUGACUUUCUCCGUGGACUACAACUUCCCCAAAAAGGCUCUGGUGGUCACCAUCCAGGAGGCUCACGGGCUGCCUGUGAUGGAUGAGCACACCCAGAGCUCUGACCCCUACAUCAAGAUGACAAUUCUGCCCGACAAGAGGCACCGCGUGAAGACCCGAGUGCUGCGCAAGACCCUGGAGCCGGUGUUCGACGAGACCUUCACCUUCUAUGGCAUCCCCUACAGCCAGCUGCAGGACCUGGUGCUGCACUUCCUGGUGCUCAGCUUCGACCGCUUCUCCCGGGAUGAUGUCAUCGGGGAGGUGAUGGUGCCCCUGGCAGGGGUGGAUCCCAGCACCGGCAAGGUGCAGCUCACCAGGGAGAUCCUCAAAAGGAACAUCCAAAAGUGCAUCAGCAGAGGGGAGCUGCAGGUGUCCCUGUCCUACCAGCCCGUGGCACAGAGAAUGACCGUGGUGGUGCUGAAAGCCAGGCAUUUGCCAAAGAUGGACAUCACUGGCCUCUCAGGUAACCCCUACGUCAAGGUGAACGUUUACUACGGCCGCAAGCGCAUCGCCAAGAAGAAAACCCACGUCAAGAAGUGCACUUUGAACCCCAUCUUCAACGAGUCCUUCAUCUACGACAUCCCCGCGGAUCUGCUGCCCGACAUCAGCAUCGAGUUCCUGGUGAUCGACUUUGAGCGCACCACCAAGAACGAGGUGGUGGGGAGGCUGAUCCUGGGCGCGCACAGCGGCAGCGCCGCGGGGGCCGAGCACUGGCGCCAGGUGUGCGACAGCCCCGGCAAAGCCGUGGCCAAAUGGCACAGCCUGAGCGAGUACUGAGCCCUCCUAGGACAGACUCCAACCUUGGUUUAGCUGUAGGACUAAAUUACUUUUCGUUGAGAAAGCAGCAGCUGGUUCUCUUAGUGAGGUGGGUUUUUGCAGGGCACUAAAAACGAAAAAUUAAAAAAUUCUUAAGGAGCAUUAAAAACGAUGGGGAAUAAAUAAUUUAAAGAGGAAAAAAAAAAAGAAAAAAAAAAGAAACCACGAAUAUAUAUAACAGUGUAAUCACGCUAUUGCAUGCCUACUACAAACUGAAAUUAGUAUAACUGCCAAUAUCAAGUUGCAGGUUUUAAUACAAUUAUCUGUCACUAUGGAAGUUGUGUUUGUGCCGAGCUGUCUUUGCUGGUAUUCACCAAGAUUGGCCUGUCUUCAUUAGGCUUCUCCCAAAGUUUCUGAAUUCUGCUGUUUAACCUCUAGUUUCUUGUUAGUUUUGCCUGCCCAUUGGUUCUUGCAGUUCUGUUCUGUGCUGGUUUGGGAGUCCCAACCACGUUUCCAUGUAGAGCUGGGUUAGAAUUCUGCACUGGCACAAAAGGAAAAUACAGGGAAAAUGGCACUGGCCUCCAGAGAAGAAACAAUUCUGUCAGGCAUUGAAAUCCUUGUUGUUGUGAUGUACCUGGGCAGCUGGGAGGUCACAACUUCCAAGAUUGGACUCUAAAAUGCAAACCCCAACAAACUGAUCCCACAGACUGUAGGAACUGGGGAAAUCCUGCUCUGUUUCAUUUUAUUUCAUCCUGUCUGUGCAUGAAGGGCCCAAGCAAACCCCAACACUGAUGUGUCAUUGACUGCUAAAGAAACUCUUAAAUGUCAAAUUCUACCUGGCUGAUAAUUUCUGUUUGAGGGCAGAACAAAGGUCCUGGAGGCAGAGCUUGUCCAUGAAAAGGUGACAAACUUCCCCUCAUCCAUGCUGAGGUGACAAAGCUUCCCCUCAUCCAUGCUGAGGUGACAAAGCUUCCCCUCAUCCAUUCUGAGGUGACAAACUUCCCCUCAUCCAUGCUGCAGCCAAUUUGCAUCAGACAUGAGCCUACAGUCACCUAAGAGCCAGCUCCCAAAAGAAGAAUAAACACAGGGCAAAAAAAAUGUGCCAGACCUGGAGUUUCAAGGCAGCUUGGAGGAAUUCUGGAAUCCUGCCUGACUUCUGAGGCUGGGAGCCACCUGCAGGGACAAAGAUGGCCCUGAGCAGGGGGACCCUGAGCACCUUGAACCCUGCAGAGUCAGGAAUUUGGGACAGAAGUUCCCAAAGGUUGGCAGCAGCUGCCUGAGAUCUGGUGCUGCUCACACAGCCCUGGAGCUGCCUUGGGAUGCAAGCAGAGCAUCCUGGCAUGGAUUUGGGUGUUCUUGUCACAGCCAGGGCACAGAUAAAGGUGAUAAAUGGCAGCAAAUAAUUCAUGGUUACCAGAGUUGGUGAAUUGAGCAGAAAUAAUUAUAACUAAAAUUGUUCCUGGGCUCUCCAGUGCAAAUGCAGAAGCAGAAUUGGGUUUGCAGGAGGCUCCUGGACAGCCCCAGGUUUUCAGGGAACCAAACUGCUCUGAGCCCUGGGGGAUGCAAACAGGAAUGCAAAGAACAUUACCAUUUUCUUAAAAUUAAGAUCAUUUAACUACUUACACGACUUCAUACUGAAUUUUUCACCUUCUUUUCCCCCUGACAUGGGAAUAACUGAGCCAGGCUCUCCUGGCUCCCCGCGAGGCACCAGGGCAGCAGCAGCUCUGUGUGAACAGACAGCACUUUGUGAGCUGCCACCACUCUGGCAUCUCUUCCUAAGGAAUUAUUUUUGGAAAGCUGAUUUUUCUCCCUCCCUCCUGCAGCUCCUGGAGGCUGCAGCUCCAUUUCUCAGCAGACACAAGCUGGACUUUGUUCCCCUUCACCCAUCCCCAUGACCAGGAUUUCUGCCUGAGGCUGUAGUAGAUUUUAUCAGUGUCUUAAAUGCUUUUUAGCUCGAGCUUUGUGGCUCACAGAGAAGGAGUUCCCCCAUUGGAAAUCGCUGUAGAUCUUUUUCAAUCCUAUUUUUUUUUUUUUGCACUAAUUGUGCUGCUGCAAUUGAAGCAACUGUCACAACUUUUCCUCAGAACAUGCUUUCCAACACCACUCCAAAGAUCUGACCAGGACUAAGAGCAGCAACAAAAUUCCCCUCUCCCUUCGGUGUGAAAAGCAUGGCUAAGCCUAGAUGAUCUUAAGAUUCCUUUAGUUUGCAAAGGAAAGAUGAAUUUCUUGUCAAGGAAACAUGCUCAGGGUAAAUAGACUUAGGCUAUCGGGCAGGUAGGAGUAGCUCCAACACUCUUCUGGAAUAAUAGGAAACUGAAAAUGUGCAGAUAUAUAUUUUUUAAAACAUAAAAUAGACAGUAAGUGACAGCAGACUCACUGUAAAAUCUCCCAGGUGUGGUUAUUCUUUACCUUGUGUCUUCUAUUGUAAAAUGAACUUGGACAGUUACAACUUUGUGUGGAAAAAAAAAAGAAAAAAAAAAAGAAAAAAGGCAAAAAACCUAACUCAACCUGUGUGAAACUGCAUAAUGCUAUAAGCUAACCUACAUUCUGUAAUGCUACCUUGUAUGUUGGAUUUGUUAACGCACAUUGAGCGUGCAAAUAAAAAUUAAAUCACUUUAA